GUGCUCCACAGCCUUCACCGAUACCAAGUAUUUUGCAUUAAAUCCACACCUACAUGCCACUUCCAGCCCCCUUAAACACAUCCUAUCAAGUAUCACAUUCGCUUGCUCUGAUUUAUCCUACUUCUGUGCAUAUUUUACCCUCAAGAACAUGGUCAGACCAGUCACACAGAUUGACCCUUUCAAGGCUCAUCCGCAACCAACUACAGCCCGUGAGCCAAACCAAGACCGCAAGAAAUCAAAAGUCACGCCAAGUCAAAUUGGCUCUAGUCCAAGCAUCCAAAACCAGCCUCAGAUCAGCCGUCUGCCUGCUACUACGUGGGGAUCUCCUUGGAUCAAAUUUAAGGAGCGCUUCACUUGUGAAUUAGCUGGGCCCACCAUUGUCGCUGAGAAUAUCAAGAAUCCGUCUAAGAUCAUUCAUAUCAGAGAAUUUUCGAAGCACAAAGCGGACUUAUGGAUAGAUGUACUUCGUUGCACGUACCACCCUAACAUUGUUUACGCCAAUGAAAUCUUUCGUGAUCAUGGAUUGACGUACUUCGUUGUCGAUGACUAUCCCUUAACUUUGGAAAACCUAGUAGCCUGUAACAUCCUCCCCUCUGAGCUUCAGUUGGCUUCUAUACUGAGACAGAUACUUGAUGGCCUAUCUUACCUACUGGAUCAAGGGUUUGAACACGCCGCUUUGACCUGUUCCAAUAUUCUUAUUGGCCAGGAUGGCGCAAUUCAGAUAGCGGCUCUGGAACACUGCACCAGACGGCAAUUGAACCAAUCUCAUACCCAAAGCAUUCGAUCCAUUGCUGAUAUCACGAUGCUUCUCAUGCAGAAGUACCUUAAGCCUGGUAAGGUGAUUGGCAUCGACAAUCUACACUGGCAGUCGGAGGCUUUGGAAUUCUUGUCGGCAACAGCAUCGGUGGUCAAUGUUCAAGACUUAAAGAGACUUUCUCUUUUCAAGAAACAUCAGUGCUCCAAAGAUUCUCUGCUUACGCUUACACGUCUUGCUUUUUAUACCACAAAGACUUGGAUUUUGAAAGAAUAUCUCAGGUAAUACAACAAACGUAUUGAUAUAUAUCACAGUGGAGAGAAACUCUCAGUUCAAGAUUACCAAUAGUCAGUCAUCGCAUGAUAAUGAAUAGUCUCACGGCAUGUGUGAGUGAGAUUGAGCACGCACCAUUAUAUUUAGCACAAAACACCAUUACCAUUCUCCUUUUUUUCUACUUUUUGAUUCACAAACUGACCCUUGACAAUUGAAUAAUAAAUUGCAUGUUGUAUCACAAAACGAGGCUUUUGUAAGUAUGAAAAU